CUUUGGGACCGCCUCCUCACAUGUUCUUCGCCCGGCGGCCACGCCCGGUACCGGCGGCUCAAGGGGUGCUUCUCGCCGCAGCUCAUGGUGGUCGAGGACGCUCCCCUGGCUGCCGCCUGCCCUGCGGCCGCAUACGGCGAUGUCGACGUGGAUUCCGACUUGGUGCCGCUGAAGAUCAGCCUCCUCGGCGACUGCCAUAUCGGAAAAACAAGCUUCAUGGUUAAGUAUGUGGGUGAUGUGGAGGAACAACAGGGGUUGCAGUUGACAGGACUGAAUUUAAUGGAUAAGAUUUUAGUCGUUUAGGGGGGCGAGGAUUGCAUUUAGUAUUUGGAUGUUGGAGGUGAUCGUCAAUUUCUUGAUCAUGUUCCCAUCGCUUGUAAAGAUGCUGUGGCGAUUCUUAUUAUGUUCGAUCUAACCACCCGUCGCACACUAAAUAAUGCUAUCGGCUGGUAUCAACGGGCAAGAAAAUGGAAUAAGACAGCGAUCCCUAUAUUAAUAGGAACAAAAUUUGAUGACUUUGUUCAGCUUCCUCUCGAAAUGCAAUGGACGGUUUGUGAAUCAGGCCAGAGCAUGCGCAAGAGUGAUGAAUGCAACUCUCUUUUUUCAAGUGCCGCCCACAACAUAAAUGUGAACAAGAUUUUCAAGUUCAUCAUAGCCAAGCUCUUUAACUUGCCAUGGACUGUAGAGAGAAACUUGACACUCGGAGAACCCAUCAUCGAUUUCUAGGGUUCUCUCUUUCUUUUUUCUUUCUUCUGUUUUGCUUCUUUAGUUAACCUUUUGUCUUGCAAGUGCAAGAUUGUACAAAGCAAAAAAUCCCAUCAUGCCCUGGUGUUUAUCCAGGUGUUUGACAGUAAUUUUCCUAAAACUAAUUGUGUUAUAAUCAUCAUUAUUAUAAGGAAAAAUAAAUUUUGAUGCAGCA